UAAUAUAUUUUUUUUUGCCAGAAAUCAUUAUAUUCCCGUAAUCACCAGAAUUGUAUAUGUCUCCUCGCGAUCGCUGAUCAGAUAUUAUCAGAAUUUUCGUUCUGCUUUUUCAUAUUUUCUCAGAUAUCGAUAGAAAUCGUGUUAGAAAAAAUGAGACACAAUUGCUGUCAUGUCUCGUUCGCUUCCGUUCUCAAGAUCCUCAAUUUCCUUCAAGCUUUUAUCGGUGUAUCAAUCAUAAUCUACUCGGUUUGGAUGCUCGAUCAAUACAACCGCCACGUACCCGUCGAACCUCCUCCGCCGCAGCCUCCGGCAGCUUCAUCGCCGGAUUCUUAUUCCUUUUCUAGUACUGGAGCUGAGAUCACCAGUCUCUGUGGUUCCUUGAAGAAUCCCAUCAAAUUCGUAUCGGGUAUCGAUUGCUCUGGUGGAGAUUCGGGUUUCAACCUCCGUUCCCUAGAUCUUCCUGCUCCAUGGUUCAUCUACUCGUUCAUGGCGAUUGGGAUUUUGGUCUGCAUUGUCACUAUCAUCGGUUUCAUAGCAGCUGAAGCUAUCAAUGGCUGCUGCUUGUGUUUCUAUUCUAUUCUCAAAACUCUUCUCAUCAUACUUGAAGCGGCUCUCGUGGGAUUCAUAGCGAUUGACCGUCACUGGGAAAAGGAUCUUCCGUAUGAUCCAACUGGAGAACUCACUAGCCUUCGAGCUUUCAUUGAAGCAAACAUCGAUAUUUGCAAAUGGGUCGGCAUUGUUGUGGUGGCGGUCCAGUUACUGUCAUUGCUAAUGGCUAUGGUUCUGAGAGCUAUGGUUUCACCGCGACAAUCAGAGUUUGACGAUGAGGAUGAUUAUGAGAACCCGAUGAGUAGAGCACGUGAGAAUCUUCUUGGUCCGCAGGCAAACCAAACAUCUUCUGGAUCAAGCAAUAUUGACAAUUGGAGGUCCCGAAUCAGAGAGAAGUACGGAUCAAUCAACGGUCAGAGUCAGAGUCCAUCAGUUUAACUCAAAAGACUGUGGUCUUGUGUUUGGAAUCAUCAACUUCCUCUCUCCCCAUUUUUUUCUCUCUCGCUGUCUUUGUAACUUUCGAGUGUGCAUAAAUAUUACACCACUAUGUAAUCGUUUGAUCUUGUUUGUUGAAACUCGGCUUAGAUCUUAGCAACACUGCUUUCAUUUUUUAUUUGUACAAACCAUUACGAGAUGUGUGUUAAAAUGGGAAUAACUUCUUAUUGCUCUGAUUCAA